UGACCAAAUCAACCACUACGUACAAAAUUUAUGCACACACACAACAUUGCAAUACAUGCUAGUAUCAAUGCCGAAUUCUUCUUCCAUCAUUUUGAUUUCACUUUUGUGAUUCACAUGCUCUGUGAACUGCUACAGAGAGAAAGAUUUCCACCCACUUAUGGCGAAUCAAGAUGGACGGCUUUUGGUUUAGAAAAAUCUGAAGGGUGCUCCCUGGUGUAUGCAGACCCUCAACCUGGACUCAAAAGAGAACUACAAGAUUAAAAUUUGCCAGGACUAGCUGACGCUGAAGAGGGUGUGGUGUGUGGACUUUGAUCAGUACUUAGGGUAUGUGGCUGUGGAACCUAAUGCAGGGCGAGCCUGUUUUAUUAUUUUGUCGAGUCACCAUAAAACUCUUCUUCUUCCAAGCCUCUUGUAUUGUGGCUUAAUGGAGGGCUUGGUUGCUCUUCUUUUGGAAAUGAGCAAUGAUGGAACUACUGGAUCGAAAUGAAUACGCCUGGAAUAUUAUGCCAACAUUAUCUUCCUUCAAUCCCCUGCUGGUUUUGGAUUUUCUUAUUCAAACACGUCUGACUAUGAAUCAAGCGGAGAUAAUACAAAUGCCGGAGAUUCCUAUACAUUUCUAGUUAAUUGGUUAGAGAGAUUUCCAGAGUACAAGAACAGGGAAUUAUUUAUAAUUGGAGAAAGCUAUGCAGGCCAUUUUGUUCCCCAGCUUGCUCACGCAAUCCUUCACAACAAGAAGCAAACCAACCAAACCAAAAUCAACUCAAGGGGAAUUGCUGUAAGUUUUGUUCUUCAUAGUGGAAAUUUGAAGUUCAUAUACAUAUAUCAACCUUAAUUAACUCGAGGAGAUUCAUGAUAUCUUUAGAUAGGUAAUGCUUGUAUCUUUAGAUAUGUCCACUCCUACAUAAACAUUCCACAAGUACAAAAGGCUCUACGUGCAAAUGCUAUUGCUAUUCCUUAUCCAUGGGAAUCCUGCAGGUACUACCUCAUAUCAUAUACCUGCUAUAACUACAGUUUGAGGUUUUAUUAGUUGUUUGUGUCUAAUGCUUGCUAGCCUUGGCUUUUUCUAUCAUUAAUUAUUUUUUGGAGUUUCUCCCUAUGUUUUAAAACAGUGGAAAAUUAAAUAGGGUUUGGAAAGAUUAAGAUGUGACUUCGUGUGUGGAUAGACAGGUUAAGAAUUUGAAAAGUUUAUCCUCAUUAUAUGUACAAAUGAUUCAAGCUACUAAAUGUUAACUAGGCCAAAUUAACCACACAUAAUAUGCAGUGGCAAUAAAGAUGGUGCUUUACCAGUAACAUGCAAAAGAUAUUCCACUAACAAACUGGGAUCACCAGUUAAGACUGCCUGGUGUCCCUGGUAUGCCCAAGGGGAGGUAAAACUUCUACAACUUAUUAUUUAUUAUAUCCCUUGAUGGCCAAUCAAACAAUAUUAAUGCCUGUGAAGGUUGGUGGGUAUGUUGCUGGAUACCAAAAUCUAACCUUUGUGACCAUAAGGGGGUCAGGACAUUUUGGCACCUGCAAGGCAGGCUUUGGUUCUCUACUCGUUCCUACAAAGGAAGCUUCCACCUUCACCUUAAAGAUUCAAGAACCAGAGUUCGAAUCAUAUGGAGAAGGGGAAUAACAGAGUGUUUCUGGUGUAUUAAAUGAUCAUUCAAAAGUGAAUGGUUCACAGAAGGCUUCUUGCUUUUCCCAUCCUAUAGUUCAACGACAAUGUAUGUUGGCACGGAGUAUGAAGAAUUUAUAUUCCCUGCUGUGUUUUGUACCUCAUAUGAGAUGCUCUCCAUUGUAGUUUCCCUAAUGUCCAUUAAAAUAUGAGAUGCUAGACGAUUAAAGCCUAGUAUGGUGAGACAUUUGAAUUCAUGUUGUUUAGAUUCCUUAUAGCUAGGGAAAUGAAGAAUUCAAUUGACCUGUCAAACACAUUCCAUCCUGUCAUCCAGUUCUUCAACUACUCAAAGCAAUAUGCACUUUUGCCUUUGUUUGGGAGGAGCUUUUUUAAAGUAAAAGAGAUCAUUAUGUAAUUUCUUGCUAUGGAUAUCCAUUUGACGGUAUUUUUGGAUCAGGACAACAAGAACUAGACAAAAGGCCUUUCCCUUCAGCCGGUAUCUAAACAAAGAAGGACAAAUGCAGGCACAACUACUUCAAAAAUAUAAUAGAUUUUCCUUGUAUGCCAAAGAAAAAGUAAGGGGAAAGUUCCCCGUUGGACUAUAAUGCAAUAAGGACACUCAGCCCCAUAAUAUUUCUAGGUAAUUGCUACAAGUUGUAUCUACUGAUGCAGUAUGUAACAGAACCCAUCAGUAUUAUCACCCUAGACAGUUAUUUCUUUAGUGCUUAUAUAUAAAUAGCUCAAGCCCUUGGCAAACUAAACUAUAACUUUCUGGCACCAAGAAAAUGGAAGUAACAACCCUCAAAUCAUUGCUGUUGUUGCUUCUUUCUUUCCACCUGUUGGCUAUCCACACUUUUUGCAAUGCCAACCAGAUAAACAACCUCCGCAAGUUUAUCAGAUCUCAGAAACUCAACUCUGCUUCUCACACCGAGUCAUGGAAUAAAGAAGAUGGAGCAUACAGGCCUCUAUCAUCGGUAUAUAUAGGUUCCCAGGAUGGAUUGAUGGAAGCUGACAAGAUUGAUACUUUGCCCGGACAGCCCAAAGGAGUGGAUUUUAAUCAGUAUGCAGGAUUUGUUACAGUUGAUCCCAAGAAUGGAAGGGCGCUGUUCUAUUAUUUUGUUGAGUCACCUCAGAAUUCUUCCACCAAACCACUGGUUUUAUGGCUGAAUGGAGGACCUGGAUGCUCAUCUCUAGGAUUUGGAGCCAUGGAAGAAUUGGGACCUUUCAGAGUCAACAGUGACGGAAAGACACUAUACAGAAAUGAGUAUGCUUGGAACAAUGUUGCAAACGUCAUCUUCUUGGAAUCCCCUGCCGGAGUUGGGUUUUCGUAUUCAAACACUUCCUCAGAUUAUACCACCGGCGACAAGAAAACAGCUGAGGAUUCUUACACUUUUCUGGUGAAUUGGCUGGAGAGGUUCCCCCAAUAUAAAAGUCGCGACUUUUACAUAACUGGGGAGAGUUACGCUGGUCAUUAUGUACCCCAACUUGCUUACACAAUCCUCUCGAAUAACAAUAGCACAAAUCAGACCAUCAUCAACCUUAAAGGCAUUGCUAUUGGGAAUGCAUGGAUAGAUGAUAACACUGGCGUGAAGGGAACAUAUGAUUAUUACUGGACGCAUGCUCUGAAUUCUGACGAAACCAAUGCAGGAAUCAACAAGUACUGUGACUUCGUUACUGGGAAUUUCUCGAGCAUCUGCAAUAAAUAUCAGGACCUGGGCGAUGAGGAAGUUGGGGACCUUGACGCUUACAACAUUUAUGCACCAUUCUGCAAUCAAUCAGCACCAAAAUCUGGCUCACCUGGUUCUGUCAAAGAUUUCGACCCCUGCUCCAGUGACUAUGUACUGUCUUAUCUAAAUCUAGCCGAGGUGCAAACAGCUCUUCAUGCAGAGGCCACGGAGUGGGAGGCUUGCGGAGGUCAUCUAGUACAAUGGACGGACAGUCCACCAACAAUUUUACCCACCAUCCAGCAGCUAAUGGCAGGCGGGAUAAGAUUGUGGAUAUACAGUGGCGACGUAGAUUCAGUAGUAUCAGUAACAACAUCUAGGUACGCCAUAAAAACCUUCAAACUUGCAAUCGACACGGCUUGGCAUCCGUGGUACACCAGUAAUGAGGUUGGAGGAUAUGUGGAGGAGUACCAAGGGCUCACAUUCGUCACAGUCAGAGGAUCCGGGCAUACCGUUCCCAGCUACCAACCAGAGAGAGCUCUAACCAUGAUAUACUCUUUCCUUCAGGGAACAAUUCCUCCUUCCUCUCAAGGAAACCACUGAAUGGAAGCCAUUCCAUAUGACAAUUAUCUCAUCAUUUUUAUUCCUGUUACUUUUACAAGAACAUGAUCAGGUUCUGCUUGUAAAAUUUAUCUUCAAUUCUGCUAAAGAACAGAUUAUCAAAUAUAUGAUCGUUUCCUGGUACACUA